AUGUGUCUGAAGAAGCCCUGUACAGCAGAAGAAGUCGUCGCAAAGUUCUGGUACGGCGAUAAGCGAGCUAUGACGUCGAUCCGACCUAAAGAGCGGAUCCUAGUUGAGGAUCAACCAUUUGGAAAUAUGGUUAUCGGCCUUCUAGUCAUUGCUGGAAUUCCCACAACAAUAGGUGUCUGCGAAGCCCUGAGCGCCCAGAAGAAAGCCAACAACGCAGCUAAAGAGAAAGCCAAGUUCCAGUUGACAGCCGCCAUAUCCUUGGAUGGAGGACCACCAGAAGAGUGUUUUUGUGUGUUGAAAGAUGGAAGGUUAUGGAUCGACCAUCCCGACUAUCCCAUGCCAGGCCACAAGUUCAUGGGGUACUACUUCACCUACCCCUCGGAAGAGAAGCACCUGGGCAUGGUGAGCACAAUAGCAGACGAUCCACCCAUGUUGAACUGGAUAUACUGCGAUAAGGACACGGGCAUGGUUCGACAUGGCGGUCGUCAAGCCACCAUUGGACAUACCAUUGGACCUUGGUUCUGGAGCAACGACGAGACAUGGUUGACGCUCGAAGGGGAUACCCUACAGUUUGUUGCUGUACAAGACGAGGAAACCCAGAGGUGGUGCGUUUACUGGGACAAAGAUAGGAAGAUCAGGGGGUCAGGCGGUAGCUAUGUUGGGGAUGAAGACUAUUCAGACGAAUCUUCAGAAGAGGAGGAGGAGGAUGAGGAAGAAUCAGAAGAGGAAGACGACCCUGAGUUCAGCGAAAGUGAAACGGAGGAACUCAGAAAACCCACCAAGAAGACAUCGGAGAGGGCACCCAAACAGGAAGCUGGAAAGGCCGAGGACAAGGAAAACGGAGGUGGAGAGGCCGAGGGAAAGGUGACUGACGAGAAAACGGAGGACAAGCAGGAUGGUGGGGAAGUUCCUCCUUUUCUGCAGCAAGUGCAGAAGCCUGUGAAAUGGGUCCCGAUCCUACUGCGUCGUCGAAUGCAGUUGGGGAUGGAAAGUCGAUACGUCAAGGGCGCAAAUGGCUAA